UCCAGAAACUCGAAAUAAAUUCACUUGUACGGAAGUCGCUCCAAGUUUUUGUUAUUAGGUGUUUAAUAUUUCAAAUUAUACACUUAAAGUUUCUGGAAAUGGAGAGUGUAGGUAAAUUUGUGUCUUACUCAGAGAAGACUUGGCGUUUGACGUGUACGAUGGCGAAGACGAUGAAGUCAUGAUACAACCGUUCUGUCCAGUUGUUAUUUUACACGGAAUUUUCGGUCACAAAGGAAACUGGAUCGAUAUUGCGAAAGAAAUCGCCGAAAAAACUAUCAGAAAGGUAUACGUGCUGGAUAUGAGAAAUCACGGAGAUUCGCCAAAAUCUCCUGUCAUGAGUCACGAUGCUAACGUCCAAGACCUAGAAAAGUUCCUAAGAAAAUUGAACACGCCUUGUGUUUUGAUAGGACACAGUCUAGGAGGAGUAGCAGCUAUAAAAUUGGCAUUUCAAAAGUCAAAUUUGAUUAAAGACCUGAUACUGAUCGAUAUGUCUCCAUUGAGGUAUCCUCAAAACACAGUACAUUUAAUACUGAAGGGCCGGAGAACAUUGGAAGAACUACUGCUGCAACUUCCGACAGACAUUGAGUUGGUCGAAGCUCAAAAUAUGUUAGAAAAGGAAAUGAAUAAGUUAAUAACGUACUCUAGCUUAAAUAAGAUCGUGUGUUCAAAUUUGGAUAAAAGUGAAAGCGGUUGGAAAUGGAAAGCAAACUUAGAAGUUCUAGAAACAGUUGACUUCAAAGCAAUGGGUAGUGUUUUUCCUUUAAGAGGAAUUUAUAAAGGAAGAUGCCUUCUUGUUCACUCCGAUUCAUCUGGAUACGUGAUUCCGGAAGAAGAUUACGAUAGACUGAAAACUCAAUUUCCCAAGAUAAAUAUCGUGUGUUUAGAAAAUUGCAGUCAUUGGAUUCACAUGGAGAAGCCCGAUGAAUUGACGCAUUCUAUUGUUCAACAUUUGAAUAAAAAUUAACAUCCCAGUUAAAUAAUUCAGAAAAUUUUAUUG